AUGUUCUCGGAUACCAUGGUGGCCCAGGACGGCAAUCAUAGCCCCAAGACGGAGGAUCUCGCCUCCAUCAGCGAGGUCCCUGUAAAUGCAACGGCUAUGAUUGGACUGGACGAGAACAACAAGCAGUCCCCGUCGAGUACCCAGAACGGGUCGACGAACGGACCUGCCCCAAAAUCAGACAAGCCUCGACCUCAUGUCUGCAACACUUGUGGCCGCUCCUUUGCGCGGUUGGAGCAUCUGAAACGUCAUGAGCGCUCUCAUACCAAGGAGAAGCCCUUCGAGUGCCCGGAUUGUGCUCGUUGUUUUGCACGUCGUGAUCUGCUGCUCCGGCAUCAGCAGAAGCUGCACAUGACAACAACACCUUCGUCUCGUCCGAGAAAUGGCAGGAGAGAGAGCAUCGGUGCCGCUUCGACCGCCACCAACCGCGUCCGCAAGAACUCCACGGCCAGUACGACGACAAGUGCCGCCAUGAGGCCGAGAGCCAACACCAUCAGUCAUAUCGAUGGCUCGUCUUUGGGGGUGGUCAACAACAACGUGAACCCUCCAGCUCCCGGGCUGGGACAUUCCGGCCACACUUAUCAUCCCAGUCUUAGUUCAGUGUCUGGAGGCCCCAACUUCGACGGCAGAGGAUUCAGCUCGGGACAUCCUCCAGUCAAUGGUCUGAAGGUGGAGACGUCGGGAAUCCCUAUGGAUAUGUCUGGUGGACUUCGCACUGCGCCCGUGUACGGGAGCUUUGCCUCGGACUUUGGCUUGGGUGAGAUGCUGCUAGGCCAAGGGAGCACGAUUAACCCUGCCCAGCUACAUUUUGCAGGCUCUCCCCAGGCCUUUGGCAACGACUCGGAAUCCUCGCCUUUCAACCAUGCAAUGCAGGGAUUCCACUCUGUUACGGACCCUGCGCUGGACGACGACGGCAACUUCGACUGGAUCAAUGGAUUUGACACUACGGUGCCGCUGGGAAACACCGAUUCGGUCAUUGACGAGUCAUCGCCAUCGGCCAUGAGCACUGGCAGCCAGAGCGGAAUCAGUGAGCCGUUGCUGGACGGAUCGACUCAAAUGUCCAUGUCCUCAGCCGGCUGGCACAAUGCCUUCCCUCCGCACACGGCAGCACCUUCAGCGCCCUUCGCGAUGGACUUCUCCUCUUCGUUUCCUGACCUCGGUAUCCCGCCAGAGACCAUUUCGCCAAAGUCGCUCAUGGCGCAGAAUCAAUUCACGGAUCCUUCUUUUGCAUCGCCUCCGCCUAUGGCGCCUAUGGGCCCCUCAGUGUUGGGAGGGCACUCGCAGAGUAUGUUUUCAUCCUCAAUGGUAACCAACGGAGAAUCUCCUAAUCCUCUCAACGUACCUUUCGCAAAUAGUCCCCUUCGAAAACCCGUAUCUGCCAGUCCAACAGAUCCUUUCGCCGACACGGCCCGACAGGCUGUAUUAGCCAAUAUGACCUUACCGAACGGGUCAGCACAACGCCGGUAUUCUCAAUCGACAAAUGGAAGCCCAUACACCCGCGAUUUCACACCACGCCCGACUAGCUACAACAACAAUAACACCAGCAAUAGCUCAUAUCUGCUCCCCAGCACCUUCGACCUGCAGCGAUACGUUUCCGCAUACAUAAAUUAUUUCCACCCUCAUCUUCCAUUCCUCCACAUUCCGACUCUCGACUUCCAGAGCCCUGACUGUGCAAACAACUUGCGGACGCCCAGUGGACAUUUAGACCUGAACCAGAACUUGAAUUCGCCUGGAAGCGGCGCUGGGUGUUUGAUCCUUUCGAUGGCGGCUAUCGGCGCGCUUUAUGAAUUCGACACGGCUGUCUCGAAAGAUCUCAACGAAUGUUCGAAGAAGUUGAUCCAGAUCUAUCUCGAAGGAAGGAGAAAGGCGGACAUGUCAGCAGCCUUCAGCCGUGUCAACACCGCCAAGUCAGAACGCGACAAUUCUGUUCUCAAUACGCCCUUGUGGUUGGUGCAAGCGAUGUUGCUGAAUGUCAUCUACGGGCAUACCUGCGGAAACAAGAUCUCCGCAGAUAUCGCCAGCACCCACUGCGCCGCAUUAGUUAGCCUUGCCCGAGCGGCAGAACUAACCCGUCAUAUCGAGCCAGAAAAUCUCCCUCAAGACUAUCUGGGCAGCGGUACCGUUAACAGUGAAGCUGAACUGCAGACUUCCGGCCCACUCAAGGAGAGAAAGGACUGGCUCGACUGGAAGAUAGUGGAAGAGCGCAAACGAACCCUCUAUGCCAUCUUCACCCUGUCUAGUUUGCUGGUCUCCACCUACAAUCAUGCGCCUGCCCUAACGAAUUCCGAGAUCCGACUCGACCUGCCAUGUGAGGAAGACUUGUGGGCUGCGGAAUCGCCUCAGGCUUGGAAGAAGAUGGGAGGGAAGUCUGCAAAGAAGUCAUGUUCCUUCUCAUCUGCGCUCGCUACCCUUCUUACUGCCAGCCAACGGCAGCAGCAACCGUCCAACCCGGCCUUUGGUGGCAACCAUCAGUCAGGGGAUCUAGGAGAGACCGAUCUGAAGCCAAGCACUUUCGGUUGCAUGAUACUGAUCCAGGCCCUGCACAACUAUAUCUGGGAGACGCGCCAGAGACACAUGGGACGCCAAUGGACUGCGCAGGAGACCGAAGCCAUGCAGGCACAUAUCGAGCCUGCUCUCAGGGCAUGGCAGACUGCCUGGGCAAGCAACCCUCUUCACAGUCUGGAGCGGCCGAACCCGUUUGGGGCAGGCCCUCUGUCCGCUGACAGUAUUCCUCUUCUGGAUCUUGCCUACGUUCGGUUAUUUGUCAACUUGGGCAGAACCAAGGAAGCGUUCUGGCAAAGAGAUUGGAAUGCCAUGGCAGACGAGCUUGCGCGCGGCGUAGACAUCAUUCCGCAAGGCGAUGAGAAUGGCGCUGACGGUCAGAGAGAUGAACUUGAUUCUAUGCGGUUUCACAGGGACUCGAUUGCCGAUCUGGGGGUGGAAGAUCUCAACCUCUCCAAGACCCCGACGCAAGAUCAACCUAUGCACGGCUAUUCAGCGGGCCACCAACGGUCAGGUGACUCGAGACGCGAGAAGCAUUUGCGGAAGGCUGCUUUCUAUGCAGCAGACUCCAUUUGCAUGUCGGACAGACUGGGAAAUACGUUUGCUGAGUUCACUUCGAGAGAAAUUCCCCUUCAGUGCGCAAUGUGUUUGUUCGACUGUGCCCAGAUCCUGGCUGAAUGGAUCACCACCGUGCAAGAACGUGUGGGACCAUAUUUGGGAGUUCUUGGAAGGGAUGAAGUGGACUUGACCCAGGUUCCUGGUAUAAUGCUUCUGGAGGACGAAGACUGCAAGCUCAUCGAAAAGAUCAAAGAGAUACUUUCUAGUAUGGAAGGGAAAAUGCAGCGCGAAGCCCAGACUCCUGGCUCUGUGCACGCUAUGAGUGCUUUGCAGCGUAUGCCGAGCGCUGUCGAGGGAGGAUACGGCAGUAAGAUCCUGAUGGUUGCAGCCUAUCUGUUCGAUCGGGCUGCAGUUUGGCCAGUCCUCAAGCUUGUCGCUCGAUCUCUUGAGACACAAGCCGUGAUGAUGAAAGAGCGUGCUCAGAGUUCCGUCGCAAUUGGUCACUAG